AUGUCCGCCCCACGCAUCGAAGAAGUCUCCGACGACGACGUCUCAGACCCCGAAGAAAUGGACCCUUCAGCUUUCGACUUCGCCCGCCCACAAGGAAACCUAGGCCAACCCCCCGCCUCCUCCUCCUCUUCCUCCGCAGCAGCAGCCUCCCAAAUCGACCCCGCCACCCUCCAACAACUCCUUCAAUCCCAAAAUGCGCCCCCACGACCCCAGCAACCCCAAUCCGGCGUCCAAAACGACCGCUACGCCGCCCAACAGCGCGAACGCUCGAAGAGCUGGCAGUGUCUUUACCCGAUCUACUUUGACGCCUCACGCUCUCGGCAGGAUGGCAGGAGAGUGAGGAAGGAGGAAGGGGUGGAGAAUCCGCUGGCGAGGGAUAUGGUGGACGCGCUGCAGUGGCUGCAGCAGGAGAGGGGGUUUGAGUGUGAGGUUGUUUUUGAGCCGGCGAGCACGCAUCCGAGGGAUUGGGGGAAUCCGGGGAGGGUGAGGUGUUUGGUUCAGAAGGGGGGUGGGGAGGUGGGGAAACACCAACUCCUCCACGAAAUCUCCACCUACCUCCGCGCCCACCCCACCAACGAUGACUCGCCGCUGCGUUUACAGCUCCAAGGUCUGCCGCCGCCUAAAGACGGCAAAGCGCCCAAACCAGCUGUUCCGAGGGGGUUCAAGAUGGGCAGUAUACUACCGCUGCACUCGCCGGCGUUGAGCGGUGGUGGGAUCAGUCAGAAUUUCUUGAAGGACAUGAUGGCGGAGUUUGGGGGCCAGUUGCCGCCCGGUAUGGAAGGGUUGCAGGGGAUGGCGAAUAUGGGUGCCGGGGGUGGGAUGGGGGCGAAGGGGGGAAAGCCUAAGAUGGUUAGGGUGAGGAAAUGA